CCGGAAGUGGCGCUUAGUAGUUGGCAUGCGCAUAACAACACCAAGGAAGAGAAGCAGGAGCGUUUCACCGUCGGCAAAAAAUUGUAAACAUUAACAACCAAGGCAAGUUGUCCGCGUUGCUGGGAUGGAAAUAUAAGGUUAACCUCAAGGUGUGGGACCAAACAUUGUUUUUCCAGUGCAUGGACGCAAAGCCAAUGCGCAGGGCCACCAGCGCACGCCAAGACGCCACUGGAAUGGACAUCACCAGCCGCUGUACUCUGGGGGACCCCAACAAGCUCCCUGAAGGGGUCCCCCAGCCUGCACGCAUGCCCUAUGUUUCGGACAAACACCCACGGCAGACCCUGGAAGUGAUCAACCUGUUGAGAAAACACCGUGAGCUCUGUGAUGUGGUCUUGGUGGUUGGUGCCAAGAAGAUCUAUGCUCACCGUGUGAUCCUGUCUGCAUGCAGCCCCUACUUCAGGGCAAUGUUCACUGGAGAGCUGGCAGAGAGCAGACAGACUGAAGUGGUUAUCCGUGACAUCGAUGAGCGAGCCAUGGAGCUACUCAUUGACUUUGCCUACACCUCACAGGUGACUGUAGAGGAGGGAAACGUGCAGACGCUGCUCCCUGCUGCCUGCCUUCUCCAGCUGGCAGAGAUCCAGGAGGCCUGCUGUGAGUUCCUCAAGAGACAGCUGGAUCCGUCCAACUGUCUGGGCAUCAGGGCCUUCGCAGACACACACUCCUGUCGCGAGCUGCUCCGCAUUGCAGACAAGUUUACCCAACACAAUUUUCAAGAGGUAAUGGAAAGUGAAGAGUUUAUGCUACUGCCUGCCAACCAGCUGAUAGACAUCAUUUCCAGUGAUGAGCUCAAUGUGCGGAGCGAGGAGCAGGUUUUCAACGCUGUGAUGGCCUGGGUGAAGUACAGCAUCCAGGAACGUAGACCACAACUACCGCAGGUCCUGCAGCACGUCCGUCUGCCACUACUCAGCCCCAAGUUCCUGGUGGGCACCGUUGGGUCAGACCCUCUCAUUAAGAGUGACGAGGAGUGCAGAGACCUGGUUGAUGAAGCGAAGAAUUAUCUGCUGCUGCCGCAGGAGAGGCCGCUAAUGCAGGGCCCUAGAACUCGACCAAGGAAACCUAUUCGGUGUGGAGAGGUGCUCUUUGCCGUCGGUGGCUGGUGCAGCGGUGACGCUAUCUCCAGUGUGGAGCGAUAUGACCCCCAGACCAACGAGUGGCGGAUGGUUGCAUCAAUGAGUAAACGGCGAUGUGGAGUCGGUGUCAGUGUUCUGGAUGACUUGUUGUAUGCAGUGGGAGGUCAUGACGGCUCAUCGUACCUCAAUUCUGUAGAGAGAUAUGAUCCAAAGACCAAUCAGUGGAGCAGUGAUGUGGCCCCCACUAGCACUUGUCGUACCAGUGUGGGAGUGGCUGUCCUCGGUGGAUAUCUGUAUGCUGUAGGGGGGCAGGAUGGGGUUUCCUGUCUCAACAUUGUAGAAAGGUAUGAUCCUAAGGAGAACAAAUGGACUCGUGUGGCCUCAAUGAGCACCAGACGACUGGGUGUAGCUGUGGCUGUGCUGGGGGGGUUCCUGUAUGCUGUAGGAGGGUCUGAUGGGACGUCUCCAUUGAAUACAGUGGAGCGCUACAACCCUCAAGAGAACCGCUGGCACACAGUGUCUCCCAUGGGCACCAGGAGGAAGCACCUGGGCUGUGCGGUCUACCAGGACAUGAUUUACUCUGUCGGAGGAAGAGACGACACUACAGAGCUGAGCAGUGCAGAGCGAUACAACCCCAGGACAAACCAGUGGUCCCCUGUUGUGGCCAUGACAUCCAGACGGAGCGGGGUGGGCUUGGCUGUGGUGAAUGGUCAACUGAUGGCAGUUGGAGGCUUUGAUGGCACGACAUAUCUCAAAACUAUAGAAGUCUAUGACCCGGAUGCCAACACAUGGAGGUUGUAUGGAGGAAUGAACUACCGCCGGCUAGGUGGAGGGGUGGGCGUCAUUAAAAUGACUCACUGUGAAUCCCACAUAUGGUAACAUUAAUCCCCCCUCACACACACAUACAAUGGAUGCCUCUUUUCACCAACUCUCGUGCCUCCAAAAGAGACGCUCUGAUUCACACGAGGAUGAAGACAUGUAGGGGGAGACGAGACGAAAAGAGGAACAAACCUAAAACUCUAGCUCAUCCCCAACCUCACUCUGAGCAGUUUAACUUUGGAAUAACUUAGUAGUCUUCAUUGAUGAAAUGCACUGAGAACAGGAGUCCACCAUGAACCAUGAAGCUUCCAGUUUGAAGAGGACACUCCUCCUAUGACCUCUCCAAGGUUUCAUCCUCCGAGCCUCUCAGUUUGAGAAUUUCGAUUGGAUGUGUGUGACGACUGGAACUCAACUUGGGGAGAUUAGCUUACAUUUCUGAGAUUUAAGAAGUCCUUCAAAACACAGCCCCCAAACUUUGUCUACUGGCCACCACCCACAAUUGCAAGCAACAAGCGGAGCAACAAACCUUGUGUUCAUUUUGUGAGACUGGUUAUUUCAUGGAGAUGCAGCAUUGUUUUCUGACCGUCAGAGGUAAACCUCUCCUUCUUUUUCUGCUUUGCUUUAGGCUUUGGAGCAUCCGUCUCAGCUGUAGCUGCUGUGUCUCUCUCCUCAUGUGUAGCAACAGUAGGCAGGUGUCAGGCAGUUCUCUUCUGAAGGAAUCUGUAUGUUUAGGCUGGAUACACAGUAACAUUAUUUCACCAGAGAUGGUGGGCAGCAUUAGAUGUGGAUGAGUAUGAGGAAAUUUCUGCUACUUAAAAUUGAAUUCUAGACUUAUUGUUGUUGAAUGGAGCUCUGCUGCUGCUCUUUACAGGAGGCUGCGGUGGCUGUGUGUUGCCUUUGGUGUUUAAAGGGUUUUGCUUCAUAUCACAGUGGUGUGGUUAAAAGUAUACACUACAUGGCCUGUUAGUCAGCUGAACCCCACAGUGGAACUGUGGUGUCUCCGUUUUAUUUUUUGGCUCUAAUUUUAUCUUUAAGUUCUCAGUGUGCUCCAAAAUAACUUCACAUUAAUGUACAUAAUUAUUAUUUGUUGACAUUAUUUUGUUAUUUGCCAAUGACAUAUCCUGCAUUUUCUGUUUAUACUACUUGCAAAUGACAACUCACAAGUGCUCCGUGAAUUCUGCUCUCUGUCUUAUCUCUGUAGUAUGGCUGUCAGUUUUUUCAAAAGCAAGACCGAUUAAAUUUGAAAUGACACACAAUUCCUCAGAAUAAAUUUGAUAGGCCAAGCUGAUUUUACAGCGCCCUCUGCUGCAGCUAAAGGCAAAAUACAACAAAUGGACAUUACAGGCAGUACAUUUUGAGCAGGUUAUUACAGCUCAAUGUUAACAUGUAACCCAAUGUUUAAACAGAUGUUUGAAGUAGAAAGUAAAGGCCUUAAACUACAAAGUUUCAACAUGAUUAAGUCAAUGCACAAAUAAUGGUGUACAUCUUAGGACAUUCUGUCUCCUCAAAGGCAUUCAUGAUGUUGCACUCAAAUGUACAUUCUCACAUUCUCUACAUAAUUUUCCCCCCACAAAAAGUGGGUAACUGUGUGUUCAUAAAAUCUAUCACACUUGUCAGUGUUUUGGCACUGAACAGUGGAGCCUGUGAUCUACUGUGGAAACCGAUUAUUUGAGUACAUAAGUCUCAGAAUGUGUUCUGUAAACUAGGUUAAUUUACCAACGUCAGUCAAGAGAAAUCUGGUUUGGUUUUUUGUUCUUAAUGCAGCUGUUGGAGGCACAGCCUGGAAAGGUCCCAUGAUGGAAGAAAUGACAGUGUCACAUUAAACAUUUGAUUUGAACAUUGUAAAUAUUUUAUGUCAGAAGUGAAGCAGUUUUUCAGCUGUUCAUUUCAGAUGCUGAUGUAUUUCAGGUGAUUUAUCACGGACUAGGCAGCACCAAGGCCCAAUUUAGCUCAGAGUAUAAACCUGGGGAUCUUUUGCUUGUUAAUGAGUACCUGAUAAGAUGGAGCCAUUGUCUCAUUUAGAAAGCAGAAUUUAACCCAGUUUCUCUAAUUGGAUUUCUGUUACACGCUUUAGGAAUUCAGACCUCUGUCCUGCAACAAAAUCAAAACUGUUUCCAUGACAGCAGAAUAUGACAAAUGCAGUACAUUCUGUGUAUCCCAGUUCAUCAUUUGAAGAAUGGACCACAUUAAUAUAAAUCAAAACUGUAUAUGCACUCAUAAAGGAAAACUUCCCUCUGUAGUAGUUGGUGAUUGAUAUAUAUUUUCUUGAACACAAUCAUGAAGUUUUGAGACACAGGCCCUUCAUGUUCUGUGUCAGAGCGCCUACAUUUGUUUCUGUUUGUCAUCAUAUGCAGCGCAGUGUAAUGGCACCACCUGCUGGAGGACAGCUCUAAUGUGGUACUGAUAUGGAUGGUAAAAAGUCACUGCAUUUUUUUCAAGUGGUCCCUGGUCAUAUAACUGAUCUCAGCUCUGUGUGAAACAGCAGUGAGGAUGGACACAGAUUAGGUAGAUGUUGAAAUUGUCUUUGAUGAAUCUCCUCAGAAUUUAUUGCACUGUGAUUAUCUUUUGAAAUCAAAUUUUAUAUGGGUGUUGAACUUUCCAGACAUGGGGAAAACAUGUAAAAUCAGCGUAGGCCAACAGGGAAUUGGUCAUUUCAGGCAGAUUACUUGAUUUAUCUCACACACAGUUCAUCAUGUGUGAGACAUGCUUCAUAAAGGCGUGCUAAUGAUGGCUCAUACAAGGCUGUUAUGCAUUAUUUUAACUGCAUUUUCUUGAGCAAGCAGGUCCUCACCUGAAUAUUGGUGUUCAUGUUCAAUAAUAUGGCAAUUCUAGAUUUGUGUUGGCUCGAGGUUUCUUUGCUAGUGGGAGAGUUCAAGCAUCAGGAGCACAGUUUGUCUGAUCAUGCACAGUCAUGUUAAAUUCAGGUUUUGUAGUCACACAUGCUGAUGCUCAAUAGAAAUCUGACCAUUUCAUGCAAUUCUAAAAUGUUGACAUUAGCUCUUUAACACAUCUCCCAUAUAGACUGUGGUCAAUGCCAAGUUUUCAUCCAAUAGAUAUAUAAUAACUGUUUGUUGAACAAAGAAUAUGUUGCCACUUUUCACUGCCACCAGGAAAUCCCACUCACUUUAAGAGUCCCUACAUGUUACUUUGAUUCAGGACAAGCCCUCUCAUGGUUAAAUAGCUUCAUGUUUUUUAAAGGUUUACUAAAAGGCCCAUGACACAUAUUUAUUGGGCUGUCUUGAAGCAGUAAUGUUGUAUCUGGUUUCCCAAACUGAGUGGGGUUUCCCUUUAAUCAUGUAAGCUACUAAUGAUGCAUUGUGAUAGUAAUGAAUUGAAGUCCAGCUCAGUCAGUAACCUGCAUUCAAAUAUCUUGUUUUGAGUAGCCUCUUUGCAGUGUGUCCACUAUGUGACCCAAACAGGGCUGUGAUCUCUGGUGUUCUUCAUGUGUCACAGCCAUCUCUCAGCUCUGGACUCAACAUGUUCCCUAUGAAAAGGAUUAAACUUUUCCCCUGAAAAACA